GAAUUUCAAAUUUCCCGCUGCAAGUUAAGAACACGGACUUUGAACAGGGAGCGCUCUUAAUCCUAUCCUAGCCUUUCCUGCUCAGAAUUUUUCUCGGUUCUCUCGCAAUCAUGGCGAACUGCUUGCGAGUCGUAUCGAGACAGGCCUCCUGGGCCCCAGAGAUCCAGCGAAGAUGCUUCCACGCGUCCCCCCUCACCUCGGCCGCCCAGAAGGUGGCAAUGAGCAAGUUCGACAACGAGAAUUUGCCCCACGAAAAGCUGCAGAAGACCGUGGACAUCAUCAAGAAAAGACUGAACCGACCUUUGACACUGUCCGAGAAGGUGCUUUACGGCCACAUCGAUGAGCCCCAGAGCCAGGAAGUGGAGCGCGGCACCUCGUACCUGCGCCUGCGACCCGACAGGGUGGCCAUGCAGGACGCCACCGCCCAAAUGGCCAUGCUGCAGUUUAUCUCGUCCGGCCUGCCCAGGGUGGCCGUGCCCUCCACCAUCCACUGCGACCACUUGAUCGAGGCCCAGCUCGGCGGAGACAAGGAUCUCGCCCGCGCCAAGGACAUCAACUCGGAGGUCUACAACUUCCUCAAGUCCGCCGGUGCCAAGUACGGAGUUGGUUUCUGGAAGCCAGGCUCUGGAAUCAUUCACCAGAUCAUUCUGGAAAACUACGCCUUCCCCGGUCUUCUGAUGAUCGGCACGGACUCUCACACCCCCAACGGAGGCGGUCUCGGAGGCCUGUGCAUCGGUGUCGGAGGUGCCGACGCCGUCGACGUCAUGGCUAAUAUUCCCUGGGAACUGAAGUGCCCUAAGGUUAUUGGAGUCAAGCUGACUGGCGAGCUGAAGGGUUGGACGUCCCCGAAGGACGUGAUCCUGAAGGUUGCGGGCAUCCUGACCGUCAAGGGCGGCACUGGCGCCAUUGUCGAGUACUUCGGCCCCGGCGUCGACUCCAUUUCCUGCACGGGCAUGGCCACCAUCUGCAACAUGGGUGCUGAAAUCGGUGCUACCACCUCCGUGUUCCCCUACAACCACCGCAUGAGGAGCUACCUGCAGGCCACCAACCGCGGCGGAAUCGCUGAGGUUGCUGACAAGUUCCAGAAGUCGCUUCUUUCCGCUGACGAGGGUGCGAAAUACGACGAGGUUGUCGAGAUUAACCUGAGCACCCUGGAGCCUCACAUCAACGGCCCCUUCACCCCCGACUUGGCUCACCCCAUCUCCCAAAUCGGAAAGACCGCCCAGGAAAAGGGCUGGCCUCUGGAGGUCAAAGUCGGCCUCAUUGGUAGCUGUACCAACUCGAGCUACGAAGACAUGGGCCGCUGCGCCAGCAUUGUCAAGCAGGCCAUGCAGCACGGACUCAAGUCCAAGGCCGCCUUCAACAUUACCCCUGGCUCGGAGCAGAUCCGUGCCACCAUUGAGCGCGACGGAAUUGCGAAAACACUGCGUGACUUUGGCGGCGUGGUUCUGGCCAACGCGUGCGGUCCUUGCAUCGGCCAGUGGGACCGUCAGGACAUCAAGAAGGGCGACAAGAACACGAUCGUGACCUCAUACAACCGCAACUUCACUGCUCGCAACGACGCCAACCCCGCCACCCACGCGUUCGUCACCUCCCCUGAGCUGGUGACUGCCCUCUCGCUGGCCGGCACCCUGAAUUUCGACCCCACAAAGGACAAACUCAAGGGCGCUGAUGGAAAGGAAUUCCUGCUCGACUCUCCCUACGGUGAUGAAUUGCCCCAGCGUGGAUUCGACCCUGGAGAGGACACCUACCAGGCGCCUCCCUCUGACGGAAAGAGCCUCAAGGUCGAUGUUGACCCCAAGUCGCAAAGACUGCAGCUGCUCGAGCCCUUCGACGUCUGGGACGGCAAGGACUUGAUCGACCUGACCGUGCUCAUCAAGGUUAAGGGCAAGUGCACAACUGAUCACAUUUCCGCGGCUGGUCCCUGGCUGAAGUACAGAGGUCACUUGGACAACAUUUCCAACAACAUGUUCAUCGGUGCUGUCAACUAUGAAAAUAGCGAAGUCAACAAAAUCAAGAACCAGGCAACUGGCGAGUGGGCCGGAGUUCCUGAGGUCGCGAGGUCGUACAAGUCCAAGGGCAUCAAGUGGGUCACCGUCGGAGACGAGAACUACGGUGAGGGCAGCAGUCGGGAGCACGCCGCUUUGGAGCCCCGUCACUUGGGAGGCCGCGCCAUUAUUGUCAAGUCAUUCGCGCGCAUCCACGAGACGAACCUGAAGAAGCAGGGCAUGCUUCCACUCACCUUCGCCAACCCUGCCGACUACGACAAAAUCCAGCCCACCAGCAAGAUUUCCCUCCUUGGUCUUAAGGACUUUGCCCCCGGAAAGCCCCUGCAGGCGGAAAUCAAAAAUGGAAACAAGGUAGAGAAGAUCACGCUGAACCACUCGUUCAACGAGCAGCAGAUCGGCUGGUUCAAGGCUGGAAGUGCCCUCAACAGGAUGAAGCAGAUCGCCGCUGGCAAGAAGUAAACUAGUCAAACCCCGUAGACGGACUGGAAAGUAAAAAAGAAAAGGGAGAGACCGCAUUUUGUGUCGACGUUUAGCAAGCCUUGUGAUGCAGUAGACUUUGUUUCUAGCCAUUUAACUUAUUCUAAUAAGCAGCGGCAAACGAAAGAUGGCAGUUACGCAAAAAAUGGCGUUGUACAAAACCACCUUGCCUGACGGACGGGAAUCAAUAUUGUUGCUCCACGUGUGCAACGCAGAGAUUUGAAUACAAAUAAAGAACCCUGUUACUCAAUUAUAAAAUAAAA